AUGGCAAUAUCGACAACUGCUUUGGUCUUGGUAACAACGGUCCUGAUUCUUGUCUAUCGGUUGCGAAACAUCGGGCGGCGACCAAAGAAUUAUCCUCCAGGACCGCCAACAUUACCUUUGAUCGGAAAUAUACAUCAAAUACCCGCGAAAAAGUCGCACUUACAGUUCCAAAAAUGGGCUGAUGAAUACGGUCCAAUUUACUCGCUCAUCCUAGGGACUCGUACCAUCGUCGUUCUUUCUUCCGAUAAGACGGUCCAGGAUUUGCUCGACAAGCGAAGUAACAUCUAUUCCUCAAGGCCAGAGGCGUAUCUCGCGAGAACAAUUGACGGCGGACGGCGAAUAGUAUUGACGGAGUACGGAGACAAGUGGCGUGUGGGUCGUAAGGCCGUCCACAACAGUCUGCAUAUUAAGAAGUCGGAAUCAUAUGUUCCAUAUCAAGAUCUCGAGAGUAAAGCGAUGCUUCUCGGCCUCCUCGAUCAUCCCGAUCAAUUCUACGCCCAAAGCCGAAGAUACUCAAAUGCUCUCACGACGCAAAUAUUAUUUGGUUUCCGAACCACCUCAGUUGACGACCCGAAGUUUGUGCAGCUUUUCCAGGGGUUCGAGAAAUGGAGCAACCUCGGUGCUUCACGAACGGCCGCCUUGCUCGAUACAUAUCCUAUAUUUAGACAUCUACCGGAUGCUCUAUUACCAAUGAGAAGAUACGCGAAAGAGCUUCACAAAAAAGAAGCCCCGCUGUAUGGUGGACUCUAUGUAGAGGCCAAGAAGAAAAUCCAGGAAGGUAGAUCGAAGCCUUGUAUGUGUAUUGACCUAGUCAAAAUUCAAGAACAAGAAGGCUUCGACGAUCUCGCCGCCGGUUAUAUCUGUGCCGGGGUUCUCGAGGCUGGGUCGGAUACAACGUCAUCUACGUUGAUUGGUUUCAUCCAGGCUAUGCUCAUCUGGCCAGAAGUGGCUAAAAGCGCUCAAGCUGAAGUCGAUCGAGUCUGUGGGGACCGUAUCCCGGAUUUGAACGACCUUCCGGAUCUUCCAUACAUCCGUGGCUGUAUGAAGGAAGGUUUAAGGUGGAUGCCUGUCGUCAUUCUUGGCAUACCACACGCUGUUAUUUGCGAUGACGAAUAUAUGGGCUACAAAAUCCCGAAGGGUGCCGAAAUAAUAGGAAAUGCCUGGGCAAUUCAUAAUGAUCCGAAGCGGCAUCAUGAUCCUCGACGAUUCGAUCCGACUCGCUGGGCGGGUGAUGAUCAAAAUUCAAUGGAAUCUGCGAGUAACUUAGACGUAUCAAAGCGCGACCAUUUCGCAUUUGGUAACGGCCGUCGCAUUUGCCAGGGAAUACAUAUUGCGGACCGAUCCUUAUUCUUGGGAAUGUCACGAUUAGUUUGGGCUUUCGACUUUGAAAGGCCCAUCGAUGAGGCUACCGGAGAAGAAAUAAUCCCGGACGCAGGUGAUCUAUCUCCGGAUCCCGGACUACUGGUCCAACCCACACCAUUCAAAGCGGUUAUCAAGCCCAGGGACGUGGGGAAAGCCGGACGGGUCCGAGAAGAGUGGAGAAAGGUGACAGAAUAUCUUGAUGACGCCGGGCAAUGGAAAGCCGUACCGGGUGAAUCGAGCUGGAAAGGUUACGAACAGGCUGAAACUGUGGAGAAGAUGUGA